ACAAGCAAAGAGCUGGUUUCCCAGGCGGAAGGAUUGCGAUGAAGGCACGAAAUCGCCCAGGGAGUCUGGCGCUGGAACAGGCCGCUCAGUGGCCCUCCAGACCAUGAAGUGGCCACAUGCUGGAGGCUGUAUUUUCCGCAUGGCCUGGAGCUCAGCCAAGCCUUGGCCUCCUGAAGGCCACUUUGCCUCCCUUGCUGUAGCAGCCUGAAGUGACCUGGGUCAGGAGGAAAGAGCCCUGUGGAUCUGCUGCCCUGCCGCUAUGGACACGAGGAUUCCCGGGCACCCUCUUGCACCGCCCUCACCAUGCUAGUGCCUGGGAACGAAAACUUCCUUGCUGACGUAGUCUACAUUGUCCUUGAACUGGUCAUUGCGCUUCUGGCUGUCUUGGGGAACAUCCUGGUCUGUUGGGCGGUCUAUCUCAAUAGCAACCUGCAGAACGUCACCAACUACUUUGUGGCUUCCCUGGCAGCGGCUGACAUUGCUGUGGGGGUCCUGGCCAUCCCCUUUGCCAUCAGCAUCAGCACCGGCUUUUGCGCUUUCUUUUACGGCUGCCUCUUCAUCGCUUGCUUUGUCCUGGUGCUGACCCAGAGUUCCAUCUUCAGCCUCCUUGCGAUCGCCAUCGAUCGGAUUAUCGCUAUCCGCAUACCUCUCAGGUACAAUGCUUUAGUGACAAGCUCACGAGCUAAGGGGGUCAUAGCCAUCUGUUGGUUCUUAUCCUUCAUUAUUGGCCUGACACCGAUGCUGGGCUGGCACAAAAGAAACCUGGAAGAGGAAGGGCAAGGCAAGAAUGAAUCCUUCACCAACUGCAGCAGCAAUAUGGCGGCUUGCCUCUUUGAGGAGGUGGUCACCAUGGAGUAUAUGGUCUACUACAACUUCUUUGCCUGUGUGCUCCUUCCUCUCCUUCUGAUGUUUGGAAUCUACCUGAAGAUCUUCAUGGCAGCCCGGCGACAGCUCAAGCAGAUAGAAAACAAGAUGAUGCAUGGGGAACGAUCCCGAUUCAUUCUGCAAAAAGAGGUCCAUGCAGCAAAAUCCUUGGCCUUCAUUGUUGGGGUGUUUGCGGUAUGCUGGCUCCCGUUGCAUGUUAUUAACUGCUUCACGCUCUUCUGCCCCAGUUGCAAACCCCCUCCCGUCUGGGUCAAGUACAUGGCCAUCCUCCUGUCCCAUGCCAACUCUGUGGUGAAUCCACUGAUCUAUGCUUACCAAAUCAGGGAGUUCCGCCACACCUUUCGGAAGAUCAUUCAGCAGCACAUCCUGUUCAGAAAGGAGGGGUUUAAAUCCGCCACUGCCAGCCGGAGGACUUCUGCUCACGACGGAGAUGCUGAAAACGCCAGUGUACAGAUCAGUGAAUAUGCCCUCAAUUUCUGCACCAGUGGGGACUUCAGUGGCAUCCAUAGGGAUGAUUUGAGGGGGAAAAACAUGUGCAUGGGGUGGCCCCCAAACCAAAGCGGACUAGCUGGGGAAGUGAAUGGGCACCUUGUACCUUCCUGCAAAAAUUGGGUGCUCCAAAAAAAUGGAGCCUCAUAGCCAAGAGCUUCUUGGGGUUCCUGGGUUUUAUGCUAAUUUGGAGGCUUCAUUGGAAGCUCCUGAUGCGUCCUGAGGGUUCUGAGGCUGUUGCUGUGCUGGAGCUGAAUCUUCACCGGCUGCAGCAUUAAAACAAUGAGGAAUACGUUCAAGCCAUUCUGAAGGAAUAGGGAAGAAGAGGUCUGCCAGAGCAGGGAGAAGGGCACCAGAAGAGAGGCCUAGGGGCAGGCAGGAAUC